AUGGCCGGAAAGUUCUCGAUGGACAGCCAGAUACUCGACGAAGUGCUGCGAAGUGGAAACAUUCCGUGUCACGGGAGGACAGGUACGUCUGCAAUUCUUGGGAAAUCUGGAAAUCGACGGGAAACGAGAGAUUCCCAUGAAGUGUAACAUUCCUUUCAAAAUGGAAAAGCACGGCGAAUCGGCUGCACUAACGCCGCGAUUCCGGAAAUUGCAGUUUUUCCCAUUCUCUUCUGCUUUCAUCCUUCGGUGUACAUUGAACAAACUAAAAAAGAGCCCAGAAUAAUCCCGUCGGCGAAAAGAAAACGUCCGCGCGUCUCCAGAAAAAUCCAUCAAAAUGAAUGUUCGCGACGUUUGCGAAACAAAGAAAAGAAGGCGCUUAACCACAAAAAAAACACGGAAUAACUGAUCGAAAGGGAUUAUGUUUGCAGGGAUGCUGUGCGCCGGCGGCGGACUUCUUCCUCCCGCCCUUCUCGACGAAGCACGAGUCCCGAAGUUUUAUUUGGACGCUAUAGUCGCGUGCGGAGGAACCACUUCCAGCGCUCUUCCGAACACUGGCCUCGGUGAGUCAAAACGGCAGGAAAUUGUGGGCAAUUGAGAGUGGGACGUCGAAUCAAUCGAUAUUUCAUAAUCGGAAGUCCCUCCUGGUAACACAGUGUAAAUUACACAGUCUCCCAUUUCAGUGUACAAUUUGAUGGGCACCUCGGGCCUUCCAAAAGACGUUCUCUCGCACAUUUGGUCGGCAGUAAACCGUGCGAAGCCUGGUCAGCUGACCCGUCCCGAGUUCUUCUCCCUACUCGCUCUCAUCGCGCUGGCACAAAAAGGAGAGUCUCUGGCGGCUCUUUGUGCAAUGGACUCCCUUCCGAUCCCCUAUUUGAAUCCAGUGCAAGCCUUUCCGACGGCUUCCAAUCCGGCUCCCGUCACUAACACUUCCUCUUCGUUCGCUCAAUUCGCAAAGUAAGCAGUUGUAGCUCGGGCGUCCGCGGCUUAUUCCCAUAAGAAUUGCAGGAUCAAGCCGUCCGCAUUCAUUCCGACAUCGUUGCUUCCGAGACGAAGUAUGCGGAAGAAGAAAGAGCCGGAUUCGAAAGAAGCAUCGGCUCAUAACUCGCCAGCGAAAGGAGCAGCCAAUGAUCUGGCAGGCCUUGAUUUCGGAGGCGAGGAACUGAAGGAAGAGGUGAAAGAUGCGAAUGAAACCCCGAUACAAACGUGCUGGCGGGAGACCGUGCACGCCAUUUACAUUGUCAUCGAGGAGGCGAACCAGAUUAUGAAGGAUGCCAAAAAAGAUGUGAUACAAGAGAUUGCGGAAACGGAAAAGGGGGUCGUUUACUUCCGAAGCCUGGCGAAAGCCUUCGACACUCUUGAAAGAGUCUGCAAGUCGGCCGGAGUUCUUCUCUCCAUUCAGUCGACAAAAGAAGCCGAAUACUGCCGUAAUCUGCGAAGAAACUGGGAGCCAUACUUGGAGAAAGAUCAAGAAGGAACAGCAGAUGCUAUUGACGACAGGUAGGAUUGAUUCCUUGAGCAGUUCCCACAGAAUUCUUUCAGAAAAUGCGCAAUUUGUUGCCAACCCGUCCAAAACGCCAUCGACUACGGCGGCCAGUGCUUCGAUGUAACCUGUGCGAACCUCUGGGUGAACGGCGUCAGUUCGACCCUUCCCAGUCUCCAUCUCAAGUGA